AUGGAAAGAGUCAACCAAACGAGCAGUGUCUCUGAUUUCAUCCUCCUGGGACUUUCCUCUCGGCCUGAGGACCAAAUGCCACUCUUUCUUUUCUUCCUCACCAUUUAUCUGGUCACCAUAGCAGGGAACUUGCUCAUCAUUCCGGUUAUCUGCUCUGAUACUCAUCUCCAGACUCCCAUGUAUUUCUUCUUGAUUUUCCUUUCUUUCACUGACAUUUGCUUCACAACAACUGUUGUCCCCAAGAUGCUGGCAAAUUUCUUGUCAGAAAAGAAAACAAUCUCUUAUGCUGGGUGUCUGACACAAAUGUAUUUCAUCUAUGCCUUGGGUAAUGGUGACAGCUGUCUUCUGGCAGUCAUGGCUUUUGACUGCUAUGUGGCCAUCUGUAAUCCAUUCCACUAUGUCACUAUCAUGAACCAUCAUUGCUGUGUCCUGCUGGUGACCUUUUCCUGCUCAUUUCCACACCUCCAUUCACUCCUGCACACACUUUUGCUGAAUAGUCUAACCUUUUGUGGCUCCAAUGUAAUCUACCAGUUUCUCUGUGAUCUCAGCCCUCUAAUGAAACUGUCUUGCUCCUCCACUUUUGUCAAUGAGAUUGUGAUAAUAACGGAAGGAACUGUUGUUUUGGUGACCCCUCUUCUAUGCAUUGCUUUCUCUUCUGUUCGAAUUCUCCUAACAGUUCUCAAGAUUCCUUCUGCUGCUGGGAAAUGCAAAGCCUUUUCUACCUGCGGUUCUCACCUCACUGUGGUUACCCUCUUUUAUGGAAGCAUCUUCUAUGUCUAUUUACAGCCUGUGUCCACUUACACUGUCAAGGAUCACAUGGCUAUGAUUGUCUACACAGUUUUGUCCUCCAUGUUAAACCCUUUUAUCUACAGCUUGAGAAAUAAAGACCUGAAACAGGGCCUGAGGAAACUCAUGAACAGAAGGAGCUUUGUGGAAGCAUUCUCUUGA